AUUAAAUCGGUAAAUUCACAUCAUGUAAUCAAUAUAUCAGUGAUAGCCCCCUCAGGAAGCUGAGAUAACACUUUCUAAACUGUCAUAUACCUAUGACAGGAAAAUGAAACACAGGAAAAUGCUAAAACAGCUUACAAUCAAUAACAGCCAUAAUGUAGAAUCAUCACUGACUCUUACUGUUCAUGGAACAGAAAACAGCAAUUGAAAUGAAGAUUGUAACAAGCAACAGAAUCUUUGACAGAAUCAAAGGUGAACGCUCUGUGUGUUCUUUAGCCACAAAAAGGUUUUUAUCAGUGUUUCAUCACAGCUGUUUUAGUCUGGUUUGUCUUACCUUUUAAAAGAACACAACUAUACACCUUACAAUGUAGAAAAUAUUGAACUGCCUUAGAUUGCAAUGCAAGAUGUAACCAAGAGUGUGUAUUCUGUCACCAUCUGUUAAAACCAGGUGGGGCAGUUUGCCUUAUCUCUUCCCCAACUAAUCCUCCCUCCUUGAGAUAAUCUUCUGUUAAUGGGCCAUUGAGUGUCACUGCCUGGCUGAUAAAAUUCCAUCCUCCCAUUGUGAGAUGCUCCGCCCAGGGGGAGGAGCCAGGCAUUCCUGCCUGGAUAUAAUCCGACACUUCAAGCACCACAUCAGCCUUCUCCCACUGGAUUGCCAGAGGAGCAGCUUUCUUCUCCCACUGGAUUCCCAGAGGAAGACCAGACUCUUCUCCUUCCCCCCUGGACCUUCAGAGGAAAACUCCCUCUUCAGGAUCCUGCUCCAGCAGAAGCACAGCUGACACUGCAGGAGGGCUGAGCCACCAUUUACCGGGACUGCUGCCACCACCCUGACCCACAGGGCUCAGGUUGUAUUCUGACUGUGUCUGCUGGAGCAGUACAAUUGCUUUUGUCAGCUAUUCAUUUCUAAACUUUGAAGAACUGCUGCAGAUAAAAUUCAGAGUUACAGGACUUAGUUAAGAACUUUAAUUGCUGCAAAUAACCUUGGGAGGAGCGGAGAGCUGCGGGCUGGGCGUGGGGCAGAGUGGACGGCACACGUGGUCAGGAUGGCACUCAGCAGCUUUUUGCCAGCUCCAGCCCAGCUGUCCCAAGAUCAGGUGGAACUAGAAGCAAGAGCAGGAGCUCAGAGAUCCAGGCAGACUGCUCUGGUCUCCUCACAAAGGCAACCUCCCCCCUAUGGUUACCGGAAAGGAUGGAUACCAAGGGCGCUAGAGGAUUUUGGAGAUGGGGGUGCCUUCCCAGAAGUUCAUGUGGCCCAAUAUCCGUUGGAUAUGGGUCAAAAGAAGAAAUCUUCCAAUGCUUUGGCUCUUCAGGUGGAUGCAGAAGGAAGAAUAAAAUACGAUGCAAUUGCUCGACAAGGACAGGCAAAGGACAAGGUUAUUUACAGCAAGUACUCAGAUCUUGUGCCAAAAGAGGUCAUGAAUGUGGAUGGUCCUGAACUGCAAAGACCGGAGGAGAAGGCAGUUAGAGAGAUAACCAAGAAGACAAGAGCAGCCUUGGAGAAAUUAGUCUCCCAAAAAGUUGCAGCAGCCCUGCCAGCUGGAGCUGCUGAGAAGGCAGCUCCUGCACAGUACAUUCGGUACACGCCAUCCCAGCAAGGAGCUGCCUUCAACUCUGGAGCAAGGCAGAGAGUUAUUCGGGUGGUGGAAAUGCAGAAGGACCCUCUGGAGCCUCCAAGAUUCAAGAGUAACAAGAAGAUUCCACGAGGACCACCGUCUCCUCCAGCACCCGUCCUGCACUCUCCAAGUAGAAAGCUGACUGUGAAAGAGCAGCAAGAGUGGAAAAUUCCUCCGUGCAUUUCAAACUGGAAGAACGGAAAGGGUUACACCGUUCCCUUGGAUAAGCGUCUGGCUGCAGAUGGCAGAGGAUUGCAGAGCGUUCGUAUCAAUGAAAACUUUGCCAAGCUUGCUGAGGCGCUCUACAUUGCUGACAGAAAGGCUCGUGAGGCAGUAGAGAUGCGUGCCCAGGUGGAGAGGAAGAUGGCUCAGAAAGAAAAGGAGAAACAGGAGGAAAAGCUCCGAGAAAUGGCCCAGAAAGCCAGGGAGAGGAGAGCAGGGAUCAAAACCCGUGUUGAGCAAGAGGAUGGAGAAGCUCGAGCAAGAGACGAAAUCAGACAUGACCGGCGCAAAGAGAGACAGCACGAGAGAAAUCUUUCCCGGGCAGCCCCUGAUAAAAGGUCAAAGCUGCAGAGAAAUGAGACCAGAGACAUCAGUGAAGUUAUUGCCCUGGGGGUGCCCAGCCGCAGGCCAUCCAAUGAAAUCCAGUAUGACCAGAGGCUGUUCAACCAGAGCAAGGGGAUGGACAGUGGCUUUGCUGGAGGAGAGGAUGAAAUUUAUAAUGUUUAUGACCAGCCAUGGAGAGGUGGCAAGGAUCUGGCCCAAAACAUCUACAGGCCAAGUAAAAAUAUGGAUAAGGACGUGUAUGGAGAUGAUCUAGAGGCUCGAAUAAAGACCAGCAGGUUUGUUCCUGACAAAGACUUCUCCAACUUGGAUCAUAACAGCAGAGGCAGGAGCAGAGAUGGACCAGUUCAAUUUGAGGAGGAUCCAUUUGGUUUGGACAAGUUUCUGGAAGAAGCUAAGCAGCACGGUGGUUCCAAACGGCCACCAGACAGCAGCUGCCCUAAGGAGCACAACCUUCAGAGCAAAAAGAGGAGGAAGGACUGAAUGUGCUCCUUGAGA